CAAAGGGCCACAGUUGCGUUUUGUACAGGCAAGAAAAAAGGAGGCCUUCAAAAAACAAGCAAUGUGCAUACCAAAGUUCAAAUUUAAACGGAAGAGGAAACCUUACAUUUUCCAUUUUGUGUGAUCCACCUCAAGUGGAAUGAAUAGGUAAACUUUUGGGUUUUUUUUUUUGGAUUUCCUUUUAAGGGUUUUUUCGACUUUUUUUUUGGGGAUUCCGGGUUGUUUGUAAAGUUUAUUGGGUAUAUUUAGUUGGGUUUCUCUUUUUUUUCUUUGGCUUUUUUUAUUUUUUAUAAUUUUAUUGGGGUUCCUUUUUUGGGGUUUUUCGAUAGCCAACUAUGUUGGGUAAGUUUGAUAGUAGUAACAGAAAUGGUGGAGAUUCUGGUGGCGGGCAAUUGUUACAGGAGCUAGAGGCUCUUAGCAAAGCCCUCUACCAAAACCCACUUCCCAAUUCCAUGUCUAGAGCAGUAUCUGCUAGUAAAUCCCAUCCAAACCCACUUCCCAAUUCCAUGUCUGGAGCAGUAUCUGCUGGUAAAUCCCAUCAAAACCCUUCAAAGCCCAUUUUACCAGCCAAUUUCCAUGAACCAAAAACCAAAGCUUUCAGAGAAAAUCCAUCUCUUAGCAAGAAAGAGGCACCGACCACUCAUGAGAAGAAAGGCCUGUGGAAUUGGAAGCCAUUAAGAGCUCUAGCCCAUAUUAGAAAUCGUCGCUUCAUGUGUAAUUUCACUCUACAAGUUCAUUCGGUAGAAGGGUUGUCGUCGAAUUUUAAUGGUUCAAGCUUAUGUGUUCAUUGGAGACGAAACAAAGAUGUAGGAUUGAUGUCGAAACCUUCAAAAGUCUUCCAUGGAGUUGCAGAAUUUGAAGAGGUUUUAUCUUUCAAAUCCUCUGUUUAUGGUAGUGGUGGCAGCACCCAUCACAGGGCUAAGUAUGAACCAAAGAACUUUGUUUUGUAUGUUAGUGUAGUGGGUUAUCCACAGCUUGAUCUUGGAAAGCAUAGGAUCGAUCUCACGAGGUUACUUCCGGAGACCUUAGAUGAAUUAGAGGGAGAUAAGAGUUCAGGUAGCUGGACUACUAAUUUCAAACUCUCAGGGAAAGCUAGAGGUGCUAUUUUGAUUGUUACUUUUGGGUUCUCCGUUUUGACUGAUGAUUUAGUUUCUCAGGCUCAAUCCAUUGAAUCUGGUAGCAAGACUAGCACUAAGUCAAGUAAUUCAAAUGUUAAAUUUGCAGCUACUGAGAAGAAUAGUAUGAGCUCAAGAACUGAUUCGGGCUUUGAUUUCCUUGAUGGCCGAAGAUCAAUUCGAAGAUUCAGUAGUAUUGAGCUUGGUCAAUCUGGUAAUGAUGCUAAGAUUCUUAAUGAGGUCUUACCAAGUUUUAGGAUGGAAUAUUUAGGUCUGGGUGAGAGGGGAGAGAAGCUAAGCCCUUGGGAUACUGAAAAGGACAGUGCCAAUUCUCUUGUUGAUUCUAAACGUGCAAAAAACAUUUUAUCUGACAAUGAUGGAUCAGCUACAGAGGAUGCAGAUGAUAUUGUAGAAGAAGAACCAGAAUUUAAUGUGAUAGAGCAAGGCGUAGAGAUAAGUCAAUGCGCACAAGCUAAAGUGGUUCUAGAGGAUACUACACAUGGUAUUCCUAGUACUGAAAUUGAGAAAGCUAUGGUAGGUUCUUCUAAUUCUUAUGGGGUGAGUUUAGAAAAUCAAUCAAAGCCUGAAGAGAGUAGUGGUAAAUGUCCUAGUCUGGUUCUGGAUGGGUUUGAGUGUGAUAAACUGGUUGAAACCAUUAAUGAAGAAGUGGCUUCUAUUGAGUGUGAUAAACUAGUUGAUUCCCUUAAUGGAGAAGAAGCUUCGGUAGAGUGUGAUAAAUUAGUUGAUGCCCUUAAUGGAGAGGAAGCUUCUGCUUUCGAUGAUUGUGAGCUACAGGAGAAGAGCUUAUGUAUCGAUGAAUCAGUUGCCAUCGAGGAGCUCAAUGCUGCCUUCGCGAGCCCAAAACACCCUGAUUCAUGUGCCCCUCCUAUCUUCCCAAAUGUUGAACAUAAGGUGGGUAAGCAUUACAAAUCACGUAGCCUCGAUGAUAUCACUGAAUCGGUCGCUAGUGAAUUCUUAAGCAUGCUUGGGCUUGAUCAUGGUAGUCCUUUUAGACUAAGCUCUGAUAGUGAUUCUGAAUCUCCACGAGAACGUCUAUGGAAACAGUUUGAGAAGGAUUCCUUAACAAGUGGGAAUGUAUUUGAUUUAGGGAUGGGAAAAGGGAAAGAGACCCAUUUCGAUGACUUGGGUUUGUCUCAAGAGUUUGGUUUCUCUUCUCUUGAGACCCAGGAGGCAGUGAAGCUUCCAUUUUGGGAAUCAGAUGAAGAACUAGAGCUCUCGUCGAUCUUACAUGCAGCUGAGACUGAGCACCAGAAAGCGGCACAGACCAUAAAAAGCAAAACGAGGGCUAAAAUGCUUGAAGAUGCUGAGACCGAGGCUCUGAUGAGACAAUGGGGCAUGGACGAGAAGGCCUUUAGAAACUCCCCACCUAAUAGCUCCGGUGGGUUCGGGAGCCCCAUCAACCUCCCACCUGAAGAGCCAUUGGAGUUGCCUCCUCUUGGAGAUGGAUUGGGUCCUUUGGUCCAAACAAAAGAUGGAGGCUUUGUGAGGUCGAUGAGCCCAUCUCUUUUCAAAAACUGUAAGAAUAGUGGGAGCCUGGUUAUGCAAGUUUCAAGCCCAGUUGUGGUGCCUGCUGAAAUGGGUUCAGGUGUCAUGGAAAUAUUGCAAGGUUUGGCUUCAGUUGGAAUUGAGAAGCUCACGAUGCAGGCAAAGAAGCUGAUGCCUCUUGAAGAUAUAACUGGGAAGACGAUGCCACAGGUGGCUUGGGAAGCUGUGCCUGCUCUAGAGGAAAGGGAAAGGCAUGAUUUGCUACAUGGGAUAUCUGAGAUUGGGUCUGGGUCAUCUUUAUAUGAGACUUCAAGUGGAAGAAGGAAAGGUUCAACCAAUCAUGGGUCUAAUGCAAGCCCUAGUUCAUUGAACAACUCAGAGUAUGUUUCCUUAGAGGACCUGGCUCCCUUUGCAAUGGAGAAAAUUGAAGCUCUUUCAAUGGAAGGUCUGAAAAUUCAGUCAGGCAUGGCAGAAGAGGAUGCCCCCUCCAAUAUCAGUCCCCAAUCCUUUGGUGAAAUCUCAGCUUUUGAGGGAACUAGGGCUAAAAUCAGUGGGUCUUUGGGCCUAGAGGGCACUGGCGGGCUGCAACUUUUAGACAUAAAGGAAACCAAUGAACCCAUUGAUGGCUUAAUGGGCCUCUCUAUAACUCUUGAUGAAUGGAUGAGACUAGAUUCUGGAAUAAUUGACGAAGAUCAAGCCAGUGAGAAGACCUCAAAGAUCCUAGCUGCCCAUCAUGCCACCUGUACAGACAUGAUCAUGGGAGGCUCAGAAGGAAGGGCUAAAGGCUCAGGGAAAAGGUGGGGUUUCCUGGGCAACACGUUAACAGUGGCUUUGCUAGUUCAGUUGAGGGACCCACUACGCAAUUAUGAAGCAGUGGGAGCUCCAAUGCUCGCCCUGAUACAAGCCGAGAGGGUUCUUGUUCCUCCAAAGGCCAAGAUAUAUUGCUCUGUCUCGGAGAAAGGGAACAGUGAAGAAAUUGAAGAACCCAAGGUACCCAAGCCAAAAGAAGAGAAGAAAGAUGAAGAACUGGAGAAGGAAAAUGUGAUUAGUACCCCUCAAUUUAAGAUCACUGAGGUUCAUGUUGCUGGUUUGAAAACUGCACCAGGAAAGGGGAAGCUAUGGGGCUCAGAGACACAAAAACAAUCUGGAUCUCGCUGGUUGCUAGCUAGUGGGAUGGGGAAGACAAAUAAGAACUCAUUUAUGACGUCAAAAGUUGUUUCGAGAUCAUCCCAACAGCCUGCCUCCAAAUCAUCGGCACCACAAACUAAAAAAGUCAAGGCUGGGGAUACAUUAUGGAGCAUCUCUUCUCGGAUCCAUGGCAAUGGUUCAAAGUGGAAAGAACUGCCCCCUCUGAAACCUCAUAUUCGAAACCCAAACGUCAUUCUCCCCAAUGAAAAGUUCAGAUUAGGUUGAGUUGCUCUCAUAGUUCUGCCAAUUUCUUUUGGAAUUUGAGCCUUUUUCCAUGACAGGGUUGUGGUGUCACAUGUUGAGAUUUUAUGUUUGUCGGAGGAUUUUAUGGCAGAACGGACCGCUUGGAGAUGUCUGCACAUGUUCUCCAUUUGUAUCUUCCUACUUCUAUUGUCUUGUGGAUGCAUGCAUAAAUGAGAUGGGUAAAUAGAUUUUCUUUGUUAA